AUGGUGCUGUCAGCUGAGAUCCAGCGCCCCUUUUUCUCCGACCUCCUCGGCGCCAGGCCUGGCGCAAGUGCCAGGCCGGGGCUCGAGAAGCGGGAGCUGCGUGUGGCCCGAGCGCAGAGGACUCACGGGCUCCGUGCCCGGGCGGCCCAGGCAGCCUGGAGCCAGCGGAGCGGCGGGAGGCAGCGACGUUUCCGCCUCCCGGGAGGAAAGCUCACCACCCCGCUGCCCCGCACUGAGGCUUGCGACAGUGACUCGGAUCCCGAAGCCUGGCGCCCGGCGCCCCCAGGUCGCGGGCGCCGUUCCAGCGGGGUGGCCAGUGCCUCUUUCCGCGUGGGCCGCUCUUUGUUCUCGGCGUCCCGACUUUCUGGCGAGGGUGUCCCAGCCCAAGUGACCGUCGACGCCCUCCCCCUCGCGGGUGAGCCAUCCCGCAGCCAAGAGUGGCCGGAGAGACCCGGGUCUCGCCGGGGCAGUGAGGCGCUUGCGCGGGGACUGAGCCGCCGCUGGCCGCGCGCUUUCCGGCAGCCCGGGAACCGGCAACUCGGCUUCUGGGCGUGCGCGGAGCCUGCGCGCUCUGGACGCUCAGCCUCGACGCCCGUCCGACCUGGUCUGGUCCCCGACAGCGCCCCCUCCUGGGGCUAA